AUGAGAGUGUUUGAAUCGCUCAACUGCAUUGUCUGCAAGCAACCGUAUGCUCGAGUUGUUAAUCAACCUCGAUCUCCACGUCAAUUUCGCUGUGGAUUGGCCAUGUGCAACGAAUGUUUCGUGGAAGAAGGAAGAAAACAUCAAUGUGGACUUAGUGAUUGUUUCAAUAAUAAUCGCAAUUUUGCCUACUUUUUGAUUGACAUUUUGUCACAAGAAAACGCUCUGAUGUUUACUCCAAUGGGAUAUUGGCUUGUGAAGCCUUUCAAAAUUCCGAAAUGUCCAAUUUGUCAUGGUGAAUAUUCAAAUGAAAUUGAGGCAAAGAAAUCGUUUGCUCUUCGAUGUGGGCAUAUCAUUUGCAUGCAAUGCUGUUUGAAGACAAAUCCUAGUUACACUGCUGUCAAGAAAAAGAAAGAACCGUUUCAUGAUUUUUUAAAUGAACUACCCGAAAUGACUAGGCAGAUGAAACAGAUGGAUAAUCCAAAAAUGAAAGCUUCGCUGAAUGCUGUGAUGAAUACUUUACCGAGUUCCGAAGAUGAUCCUAGCUGCAGUGAAUGUCACAAAAAGGGUAUUGUCGACGAAAUGUUUUAUUGCAGUGAAUGUGGUUUUGAAAUUUGUGCUGUUUGUGCUUGCAAAAAACAUCGUUUGCAUGAAGUCAUUCCUCUAUUGGAAAAACAGGCUAACCAAAUGUUGAUGAAACGUCAACAAGAGUCAAGAAAUGUCAUCAAGACAUACAAGAAGUUGGUUCCUGAACUACACAAGAACCUUCUCGAGGGCAUUGACGUCUUUGAAAUGAAAUUGCUUUUGAAAGAAGAAACUCUCAAGGGCGCUCCAAAUUUGGCCGAUUUACAGGAGAAACACGAGGCAUUCACAAAAAUUACGUCCAAGUUUGAGUCAUCCGCUAAGAAUUACUUGCCUCAUUUGCGCAGAUUCGAUGCUGAAGUCAAACAAUUGAUUCGAACCCUCAACGAGAACCCUGAUGUCGAGGAAAUCCGAAUACAAGAUUAUGUGGAUCAUAUGAAUAAUUCUUUUGAUGCAUUUCCCGUAGAUUCUCAUUUGCGCAGAUUCGAUGCUGAAUUCAAGCAAUUGAUUCGAACCCUCAACGAACUCAACCCUGAUGCC